GGCGACUUCACUUGGAACUAUUGUACACGGUUAACUGACGUCAUCUGUCUAAAUUUAACCCAAAUUUGCAUAAAAUCAACUGAACAACAAUAGUAAGCACGCGUGUUUAGUUCAAAAUGGCGCAGUAUAAGAUGCUUUGCGUUUACAUUUUUGAGAGUUUACUGGAUGACAGAGAAGACGAAUUUUCAUACGAAUAUAGUAACUUCUUACUUCAUACAGGAGCUUUUCUCCUCCACGGCACAAAAUCUGUGUCACCACGAGUAACCGGUUAUGUUGAAAAUGUUAUUCCUUUCUUUUCUACGGAUAAUUUUCGGUAUCAUUAUCGUAUAAGUAAAGAAAUGUUCGAGGAAAUACUUACCAAUAUCGGUGCCUACGUUACAUCCAACCACGGUGUGGGCAUUGAAGGGAUUCCUCCAUCUAAGCAACUCCUUGUAUUUAUGUGUUACAUGUCAAAUAAAGUGACAAUGCGUGAAAUUGGACAUUAUUUUGACAUAGGACAAUCCACAGUGCAUGUUGUGUUGAAAAGGGUGAACGGCACAUUCAUCGAAAACCUAUCAAAGAUCAUCCAAUGGCCAAAUUUUAUUGAGCAACAGGGAAUCGCACAGGACUUUCAGCUUCAGUCUGGGCUUCCAGACAUAAUUGGUGCCCUGGAUGGGACGCACAUCAGAUUAUCUUCUUGUAUUGGUGGAGAUAAUGACUAUAUUAACAGGAAGCAUUACCCAUCGAUACAACUCCAGGUGGUAGUAGAUGCUGAUUUAAUGUUAAGGGACAUAUACACAGGCUGGCCGGGAUCAACUCACGAUGCCCGCGUACUACGAAAUUCAAGUCUUUUUACCAAUGCUACUGGUGGACAGUACUUUGAUUUGAAUAGGUACAUAAUUGUAGACAGUGCAUAUCUGUUAAAGGCCUGGUUGAUCACUCCAUUCAAAGACAACGGUCAUUUAAACAUAAAUCAGAGGAGGUUUAAUCGAGUUUUGUCAUCUGCACGACAAGUAGUAGAGAGGGCUAUUGGUCAUCUAAAGCAACGGUUUCGGCGACUACAAGAAAUAACCAUACAUGACUCUGAUGAGAUUGUCAAGACAAUAGUAUCUGGUUGCAUACUGCACAAUCUUUGUAUCUUGCAUCAGGAUAGUGUGGAGGAUUUCUUAACAAAUGAUCUGAACAAUGGCAAUGGUCACCCUAAUAAUUAUCCAAACGUGUACCCUGAUGGAAGAGAUGGGCUGCAGAGGAGGCAACAACUUGUUCAGGGACUACCAUGACCAUUUGCCUUGAAAUUGCAAAAACAAUCAUCUGCUCAUGGAAAUCAUCAUUGUUUUAGUACAGAAAUAAAAAUU